CAGCUGCUGAUGCAGACUGCGGUGCUCCGAUGUCCCCAAAUAACUGUGCAAAGGAUCGCUUUAAAGACUACAGCUGACUUUUGGAUUACGCAGUAAUUUAUCCUGAGGUAAACUCACAAAGCCAACUUUAAUGGAGUGAUGUGGCAGUAAAUUGCGCAGGGCAACUACACUACCACACAGCUGAUAGCGGUACUGAAUCUGUUCUGUGAUGUGACCGUUGGCUGCGCCAAAGUGGCGCUUUUACGCACGAUGGAGGACUUUUUACGCGAGCAGAAUAGUUGGGCGCAGAAUGUUUCCUGGAGCAACUCUAGUCGCGGGAAUGAUAGUCAUUUAGGAAACACCACAGUGAAUCCUUUGAAGCGUAACGAAGAAGUGGCCAAAGUGGAAGUUACCGUCCUGGUCCUGGUGCUACUGCUCGCUCUGACCGGCAACCUGUGCGUCCUGUGGGCUAUCCACGCCACCAAGCACAGCCAGUCUCGGAUGUAUUACUUCAUGAAGCACCUGAGCAUCGCAGACCUUGUCGUUGCAAUCUUUCAGGUCUUGCCGCAACUCAUUUGGGAUAUCACAUUUCGCUUCUAUGGGCCGGAUUUGCUUUGCAGGCUGGUCAAAUACCUCCAGGUCGUGGGUAUGUUUGCAUCCACCUACAUGCUUGUCCUGAUGUCCAUUGACAGGUGCCUAGCGAUCUGCCAGCCGCUUCGCUCCGUGCACAAGAGAAAGGAUCGCUUCUGCGUAAUCGCCUCUUGGAUGCUUAGUCUGAUAUUCAGCACUCCUCAAGCGUACAUAUUUUCCUUGAGAGAGGUCGGAGACGGCGUGUAUGACUGCUGGGGGGACUUUGUACAACCUUGGGGUGCCAAAGCAUACAUCACAUGGAUGAGUCUCAGCAUUUACAUUUUCCCAGUGGCAAUUUUAAGCAUCUGCUAUGGGUUGAUAUGUUUUAAAAUAUGGCAGAAUUUCAAUUUAAAGACCAGAAGGGAGCACUUCCUGGCUCUGACUGCAAGGCCCUCCAAAGGCGCUCAUCCCCUCACUCGUGUGAGCAGUGUGAGGCUCAUUUCAAAAGCAAAAAUCCGCACAGUGAAAAUGACAUUUGUGGUGGUCCUUGCCUACAUUGUGUGCUGGACUCCCUUCUUCUUUGUCCAGAUGUGGUCUGCAUGGGAUCCUGCUGCACCAAGAGAAGACAUGGCCUUCAUCAUUGCCAUGUUACUGGCCAGUCUCAACAGCUGCUGUAACCCCUGGAUCUACAUGUUCUUUGCUGGUCACCUGUUCCAGGACCUGAUGCAGUGCUUAUUCUGCUGCUGCCGACAGUACCUACCCUCCUCCUGCAGUGGUGAUCAACAGGGCAGGCACAAAAGCAACUCCUCCACUUAUGUCAUCAAGAACAUGAGCAGCCAGAGGAGCCUCACACACACAUCCAGCAAUGGAGGGCCAGGACACUGAAGAGCCAGCUGAAAGCCAUCCAUGCUUCCUGUAGUCAAGUAACCCAGCAAUCAUGCAAGUUCCUGAUUUCAGGCAUUUAAUUAUCUGCAGUGAUGGCCAUUGCAGUGUGUUUUAAAUUGAGCAUAUAGACGAUGUAAACCUGCUGCCUAAACAAUGCCCUGCAUCCUGUGAACAAAGAGCAGAACAAAAUGUCUUUGUGCCUCUAUCUCUAUGGAUGUGUGCCCUUGACUUUCCCACAACACCAUUUUCCUUUUUGACUCCCUUUGCACUGGAGUCCUGCACAUAAUAAAUUUAUCCUAUAAUGUAGGAAGCAUUUCAAGAUUUAUACAUAAAAUAAUAAACAACCUUGGGCAUAUUCAAAGUUGUUUUAGGCUUCUGUCUUUCAGUCUUGAAUCUUGUUCCAACAGUUAUUGUCCUGAUUUGACCUUAAAGGACAAGUAAUUAUAACAACAGUUAUCUUAAUGUUGCACAUUCUUUCUACAAAGAAAAAAAGAGUUGCUCUGUGUAAAUGGGCUCCAAUUAUGUUACUGUAAUGACAGCACUAGGUUGUGUAAAAGAAUUGUAUAGUUCCAUUAUUAUGGGUGGUUAAAUCACAAUGUUCAUAUGCAUUAAUGAUAUUAACGUUAUUAAGUUAAUAUCUACUCCUUAAUCCAAACAUCUCCAUUGUAACAACACAGACUCAUCAACAAAGCAAAAUCCAUGAGGAAUGCAUUUUACAGCAAGGCUGGUUUCAAUGUUUUCAGCAGACAUGCUACAUAUCAAACAGUGUUUGUCCUUUAUGAUGUAAUGUGAAAUUCACUUUGUAAAUAGUUUCCACUGCUCCUUGUGUGUAUAAUUUUUUAUCAACUCCAUCUCUUCUUUUCUGAUUGAUGGUGUUAUGGAGUAAUCAUUGUACUUGGACAUUUUACAACAUUUAAUCAAGUUAGGAUCAAACUAGAAUAAUGGCUCCCUCUAGUGGCCACAUGGAAUACUUAAACAAAUACUCUUUUCUUUUUUUUCUGUUUCAUUUCUUUUGCUGUACUGUUCGAGGAAAUGUGCCAACUGUUUAUACUCAACAUAUGGAGAAUUUCAGUGUCAGGAUCAGAUAAUGUGCAUUCCUGGCUUAUUAGGUGUGUUUUAUAGCUUGGAAAGUUGCCAAGCAAAAUGUUGUGGUUCAAAGUAACUUCCAUGGGAGCAGUUUUAAGAUGGAAGAGUGGAAGUUCACAUAAAGAUGUGUCAAUAGAGAAAGGGAGAAAGUACUUUUAGGGCAAUGACACCUUUCAUAAAAAAUACUUUAUUUUAAAGUUUGGCUGACAU